AAUGGAAAGUUUUGGGGAAGAAUUCUUGGACUUGGGACAAUACUAGGAGGCAAAACCAGGGUUGGGAAAGCCUUGUUUCAGGCCAGAUGAUCUGAGCAAAAGACAAGGAUUGUACAAAGUUGUAACUUGAACCUGGCUUCAGCAGAGGGUCCCGGACUCGGUGCGGGUCCCCCAAGACGCCAGAGGGCGCUUCAAACUCCGCCCAAAAGCCAGCAUCCCUAAGAUGGGACCUCGCCUGACGCCUGACUUCUCCAUCUUCCGGAAGGGGGGAGGCGGACCCACGACGAGUUGGUUGAGACCAAGGCAGAAUCUGCAAGGACCUGGAGGGACCAGGUCCCGCCGCCCGCGCCGAGGUGGAGCACGAUGGAGAAGGCCGGCAGCUCGGCGGGCGGCGGUGGCAGCAGCUUCCGCCCGGGCGUGGACAGCCGGGACGAGCUUCCCAACAGCCGCAUCUUCCUGGUCAUCAGCAAGUACACGCCCGAGGCGGUGCUGUGGGAGCGCUUCUCGCCGUUCGGCGAGAUCCAGGACAUCUAGGUGGUGCGGGACAAGCACACGAAGGAGUCCAAGGGCAUCGCCUUCAUCAAGUUCGCCCGCAGCUCGCAGGCCUGCAGGGCCAUGGAGGAGAUGCACGGACAGUGCCUUGAGCCCAACAACACUAAGCCCAUCAAGGUGCGGGUGCCCAGGUCACUGUGCCCGCGGGGGCGGAGGCGGCCUGGGAUGGGUCUCCCGGGCCUCUCCCUGGUGCUGUGCCAGGCCGAGGAGGCUAACCAUGCAGCUGGCAGGGGGUGGAGGUAUUUUAGAGCAAUCGUGGCUGACCCAAAAAAUAAAGCAUCCAAAUCCUCAGAACAAGAUUAUUAUAGUAAUAAGAGGCAGGAGGCUUUGGGACAUGAACCUAGAGUAAAUAUGUUUCCAUUUGUUGGGGAUCAACAAUCUGAAUUUCUAAAUUUUGACAAGAAUGACAACAGAGGCCAUGAAGCUAUACGCCUGUCAGUUGUAUCACAAGUUCCUUUCACUGAAGAGCAGCUUUUCAGCAUUUUUGAUAUAGUACCAGGAUUGGAGUAUUGUGAAGUUCAACAAGAUCCUUACUCAAAUUACAGUCAUGAAAUGGUUCAGUAUUUUAAUGUAACAUCAGCUAUUUAUGCAAAAUAUAAGUUACAUGGAUUUCAGUACCCUCCUGGGAAGAUAAGUGUUUCCUUCAUUGAUAACGGGAGUAAUGCGACAGAUCUCCUUAGAAAAAUGGCAACACAGAUGGUAGCUGCACAGCUUGCCUCAGUGGUGUGGAAUAACCCAAGCCAGCAGCAAUUUCUGCAAUUUGGAGGAAGUUCUGGAUCACAGUUGCCUCAAAUGCAGACAGAUAUUAUACUUCCAAAAAUAUGUUAUACAUGCAAAAAAACCUCUCCAAAAACUCCUAUGAAAGAAAGACUCUUUAUUGUGUUUAAUCCUCAUCCUUUACCUUUAGAUGUAUUAGAGGAUAUAUUCUGUUGUUUUGGUAACCUGAUCGAAGUUUACCUUGUGUCAGGAAAAAAUGUGGGGUAUGCCAAAUUUGCAGAUAGAAUGAGCGCCAACGAUGCCAUUGCGACUUUGCAUGGGAAGAUUCUGAAUGGGGUCAGACUUAAAGUUAUGCUCGCAGAUUCCCCAAGAGAAGAGUCUAACAAAAGGCAAAGAACUUACUGAUUCCCAGGUCCUGAGUCGCCCAGAAGACUCGGAAUCCCCCCGCUGCAGACAGGCAGGUCUGCCCACACCCUACCGAGGUCCUGAGUCGCACAGAACAUGCCGAAUCAGGCCGCUGCAGACAGGCACGUCUGUGCACGCCCUACCAAGGUCCUGAGUCACGUGGAAGACACCGAAUCACCCCGCUGC